AUGGCCAAGCUCGCAGUUCUCUUAGCAGCCCUCCUCCUAGUGGCCCAUGUCGCGUCCGCCUUCCGCACCACCAUCACCACUACCGUCACCGACGACAACCGCCGUGCCGGUCGCGAGCAAUGCCGCCAGCAGGUCGAGCAGCGGAACCUGAACCACUGCAUGCGGUACCUGCAGGAGCAGCAACGGGGUUUAGGCGAUGAACUCAACGACGUCGACAGCCACUACGACAGGUGCUGCAACGAGCUAAGAAUGAUCCGCGACGAGCAGUGCCGCUGCGAGGGACUGCAGAUGGAGAUGGAGCGUGAGCAGCAGCAAGGAAGGAUGAGGCGUCAGGAGAUGAGGCAGAUGAUGCAGAGCGCUCAGAUGUUGCCCAACAUGUGCGGGAUGAGACCUUCCCAGUGCCACUUUGACAUGCCCUCAUACUGA